AUGGCAAUUAUUUUAGACUCAUUCAUGUCUGAUCUUAACGAAUUAUCAAAUGAUGAAACUAAUGUUGUUGUAGAAGAAAUUUCGGAAAACAACAACAACGUUGAUAACGUGUGGAAACUACAAAAUUCACGACGUUGCAAUCACAUAAUGCAGAGAAUCGAAGAUGAAAAGCAAAAAAGUUGCGAGAAUCUUGAUCAUGAUCAGUUGAUUGUUGAUUGUAAUGCGUUGUUAGUGGAUAUUGACAAUGAGAUUACGAUCGUUCAUAAUUUCAUCCGUGAUAAUUACCGUCUAAAGUUUCCAGAACUCGAAUCUAUUGUUCGUUACCCUAUUGACUACGCUCGUGUUGUAAAGAAGAUUGGUAACGAGAUGGACAUGAGUUUAGUUCAUGAUCUGCACGAAAUUCUGUCUCCUGCUCUAGUUAUGGUGGUUUCGAUAAGUGGUUCGUGUACCAAUGGAAAUAUUCUUGUAAAAGAUGUUUUACGUAAGACUAUUGAAGCUUGUGAAUGCGCAAUAGAGCUUGAUUCGACAAGGGAAAAGAUCCUUGAUUUUGUUGAAACAAGGAUGGUAAAUAUUGCACCAAAUCUUUCGGCUAUUGUUGGGAGUGCGGUUGCAGCAAAACUUAUUGGGACUGCUGGAGGUUUACCAGCACUAGCUAAUCGUGCAGCUUGUGAUAUUAUGUCUUUUGGGGCCGAGGCCAACAAGGAGAUUCUGACAGGGUUUUCGAGACAAUUUCGUGGAGUUGGUGGUGGUGGUGGUGGUGGUGGUGGUGGCGGCUAUAUUGAGGAGACAAAGAUAGUUCAGAGUACGCCUCCUCGUUGGAGAAAGCAAGCAUGUCGUGUUGUGGCUGCAAAAUCGAUGCUUGUAGCUCGAAUGGAUUCCAUAGCAGGAGAUAAAACUGGAGAGACUGGGAGGAAAAUUUAUCAAGAGAUUUACAAGAAGAUUGAGAAGUGGCAAGAGCUACCACAUCCUAGGAUGUCCAAACCUCUUCCCGUGCCUGAUUUAAGACCGAAAAACAAAAGAGGUGGACGUAGGCUAAGGAAGGCCAAGGAAAGAUAUAGUAUUACGAAAACCGACAAAUUGGCGAAUAGGAUGGCGUUUGGUGUGGCUUGA